AUGUCACCAAGAAAGCAGCGAAGAUCCCACUCUAAAACCCUCCCCAAAACCAUCUCCCACACUCCCCCUCCUAAAAAGGACCCCCAAACAGCCAUCCGCGAAACAACCCCCCAACGCUACGGCAGAAUCGAAGAAGCAGGCGCCAUUCGCCAAAAAUGGAUAGAAAACCCAAAAGACAAAACAUGCACCAUAAGCCCCUCAACCCUCUCAGUCGCAGAGCUCAAAACCCAAGGCUGGAAACUGGACACUAGCAUCAAACACACCCCAAUGGCAACAGCCCACAACCUUGUUAACCCAAGAAACCCUAAAUUCAAAGAAUACCAAGGCAUCCUACUCACCAAUCCAUGCCCGCACAAAGGCAAAACAGAUUGCUACUGGAUCCUCCUAGCAGAAGGAGUCAUCUACGCAAAAGACAUCGACCGACACGACGGACCCCCGUUCUCGGAAAUCGCAACAGCGCUCUACAAAGCCGCGUGGCCGAUAGAAUCUCUCGGACAUGUCUACUUCGAAAAUGUUAUUAACUUUAGCACCAGGCGGUUUGUCCAGAAUAGACUGUAUAUGGCAGAAAACGGGCUAGACUGGCCGUCGCCACGUCGCCCGAAUAUGGUUUGGAGAUAUGAUACUCCCGAGUAUCAGGGUCUGCUGGGGACGCGGCUUGGUAGGGCUGUCGCUUAUAUCGUUUUGGGGGCUUUUCCGCGCGGAACGCGGUAUAUUUCCAAGAUUCUUACUUACACUGGGCGGGAUUAUGGGUAUGCGCUUCAUUUGAGGUUUGAUAUUGAGCUGAUUCCUGUCGGGUUGGGUUUGAGGUAG